CUUCCUCCGGCGUGCGUGCGUGCAGGCAUCGGCAGCCGAGCGGCAUCGGCGACGAGAUCCUGCAGAGCGCGUCCGUCUCCUCGUCGCCGCCGCGCUCCGACCCCUUCGCCUCCGCGCCCCUCUCCCCGUCCCCCUCCCUGCCCCCAAACCCGCAGUCGUCUCGCCGCAAGUCCCGCUUCCACGACGCCUCCACCCCCGACUCCCCCCACCGCGGCACCGCCUCCACCUCGCCCACCUCCGACGCGCACUCCCGCCACCGUCGCCACGCCUCCGCAUCUUCCGCCGCCGCCGCCGCCGAAGGGUUCGACGACGGUGUCGCCCGCCUCAACUCCUUCCUCCGCCGUCAGCGUGCCGCCGUCGAUGACCUAGUCGCCGGGGACCGCCCCGCCUCGAGGUCCACCAAGCUCGUGCUCUCCGACGCCUCCAAAAGUGUGAGCUCGAUCGUGGCGGCGAUAUGCUACGCGUGGAUGCUGUCGAACAAGGGGGAUGGCCACGCGGCAGUGCCGGUGGUGAACGUGCGUCGGAGCAGGAUGGCGGGGUGCAGGCAGGCGGCUUGGCUCCUCUACCACGUCGGGGUCGACACCUCGGCGCUGCUCUUCGCCAACGAGGUUGAUAUGGAGGGACUAAUAAUGAAUCAGCGAGUUAGCUUGCUUGUGGUGGGGCAAGAUGUUCUGAAAUCAAAAGCUGAGGUGGGCUCCGUUUGCACAAUCCUGACCAAUACCUAUUGUGAAGAUGCCUAUAGCCUACUUCAGAGCUUGGACAUAAAGAAACUUCUGCUUGCAGGUAUCCUGUUAGAUACAAACAACCUUUCCAAGAAGUGCUCAAACAGAGAUUCAGAGGCAGUGCAACUGCUUUUGUUCGGUACCUCUGAGCAUAUGAGGCACGAAUUGUUUCAACAAUUGAUGCUUGAUCACAAUGAUCACUCUUUUGUUGAGUACCUGAUGAACACCUACAGAAAUUCAACUGUAGAUGGUAAUGAAGACAGCCCUCCAGAGAAAAAGCAUUCAAUUUCGGCAUCAGGAUCAUCCCAAGAUGCUAAAAAGUCCAAUCCAACUAACCAGAGGCCAGCACGUGGAAGUGGUGGAAAGGCUUCAGAUGAAGCUCCUCGUGGGAAAAACAAAUUUUUCUUGGCAAAAUGGUUUGGUUUUGGCCCAAAAUAACAUGCUCUCAUUUCUAUUAGUUCGAUUGGUUUAACUGCUAUGUCAUAAAUUUGAGAAGUAUCACUGUGUUGAGGAAGUACCAUAUUAAAAAACGCCCCCCCCCCUCCGGCAAUGUGUUCGUGUGAGCAGCAUAUUGUAUUCUGUUUUUUGUAACUAUUUAAACAGGCCAUUUCGUUACAUAAUUUACUUUCUCAUUCUUAUAUAUUUUAUCACCUGUUGUCGAAGCACUUCCCGUGCUCUAUUUUAGGCUGGAGUUCUGGGAAAACCUAUGUUGCUUUUGAUGAGAGACACUAACAUAACAAUAGGCUUUUCUUGGCAUAGAUUCUGGUUAUUCCUAAAUUAAAACCUGGUUAUCAACUAAUGGGAAAAACAACGAGCAUUAAAAAAGUAUCAGCAUUAGAAAACCAUUUUAUUACUCUACCUUGUCAUUCUAGGUGCUGCCUUUUCUUCCUGAACCCUAUAUGACACAUAUUAAUGGUAAAAAUGCACUAUAAGGCCCCAAGCUAUUUCAAUUAGU